AUGGUGUUGGAUGAGUUGGCCCAGAGACCAGUUGAGUUGGGCAUCUACUUUGGCGCAGAGGCCACGACCUUGCCCGUGUUACAACAAGCCAAUCUGAAACUAUUGUCCAUCAUUGGCAGUCAGCGCCAACAACUACAACGUUGUCACUUGCCUACAACGCUCCAGCAUCUAAUGUUGGGAUCAAAGUUUGAGGGCACUCUGAACGGUUUGUUGCCCGACGGCUUGACGAACCUGGAUCUCUCAUUCAGCAGUGAAUGGAACCAACUGAUCACGCCUGAUUCAUUGCCAAGCAAACUCGAGACACUCACUCUGUCGAGGUCGUUCAAUCAAGAGAUACAUCCACGAACAUUCCCGCCCGCGCUCAAGUCGAUCAUCUUUGGCAAAGACUUCAACCAGCCACUGAGUGGCCUGUUGCCUCCAUCGCUCACCCACCUUGACUUGAGUAUUUGGGGAGACUAUCAUCACGAUCUGGCCAACCUUCCAAUCAGUCUCACAUCGAUCCACCUACCGACGAGGUUCAGAGGCACGCUCAAUCAUCCUCCACUCCAAUUCAUGAGACUUCAUGAUCCUGUCCGAAUGGGCCACCCAUUACUGGUACUCAGAGAGUUGCACAUUGAGAGCCUCGAUCAUGCGAGUGUCUUUGAUGCAUCACUCUUCCCAAACAUCUCUCGUUUGAAGGUUUCCAGAGAAGCUCAGUGGUUGGACCUAUCAACCCUGCCUUGGACCACCCUAAAACGAUGCAAGCUUGUCUGUGAGGACAGUCUUGAAACAAACAUCAGUGCCAUCCCAUUCGGUGUGGAGAGGCUGGUUCUAGGCAAUUACAGCUUUGACCAGGCCACCACCGACACAUUGCCAUCAUCAAUCACACAACUAACUCUAGCAAGUUGUAUUGGUGUCAAGCCUGGACACAUCCCGCCAUCAGUCACAUCGUUGAAGCUCAAAUGGACGUCCAUGACCGAAGUGAUACAGGCCAUCCCUACAACAACAUCUCUUCGACAUCUUACAUUGAUCGAUCACCAGUUCAGAGGAUGGAGUCUCUUUGUCCAACGCUUACCAAAGUCAAUCAGUACCCUAUUCCUAUCCAACGUUGAUCAGAGUCUCGAACUAGUUCGACUGACUGAUCAACUAUACUUCCGAGUCAGUCAAUCAAUCAAAGAGAUUGGAUUCAUGGACACUCUCGCCAUCCAAUCAAUCUUCGCACUGCCUGCCGAUUAA